ACAUCACGGCGCCUUGAGCGAGGCUCGGGUAGAGAGGCCGACCGUGCUGGAGUCGUCGGCUUGUGGAGGAAGCAGCUGGGAGCUGGCGAGAGCGUGAGCGGGCGGGCAGGCGGACGAGCGAGCGAACCCAGGCUGGGGGGAGCGGCGCACGGCGCGGAGCAGCGCCUGCCCGGGCCGCGGCGGAGCCUCAGUCGGAGGGCAGUCCGAGCGGGCGCCUGGGUCCCCGCCCCCACUCGGCGGGGCAGUGCCCGGUGUUCCCCCGUGCGGGGGUCGGCGGCGGCGGCUGAGCGGACCCCACGGGACCGCGCGGGUGUUGCCACCUCGGCCGAGGAGCCGGCGCGGCCGCGGGACCCUGCGAGCUGGGCCCGGGGCCCGUGACAGACGGGCCAAGGAGGGGAGAGAGGCGGCGGCGGCGCAGGCGACGGGGAGGCAGCGGCGGCGGCGACAACAUGUCAUCCCCCAGUCCCGGCAAGAGGCGGAUGGACACGGACGUAGUCAAGCUCAUCGAAAGCAAACAUGAGGUUACAAUUCUAGGAGGACUCAAUGAAUUUGUUGUCAAGUUUUAUGGACCACAAGGAACACCAUAUGAAGGUGGCGUGUGGAAAGUUAGAGUGGAUCUUCCUGAUAAAUACCCUUUCAAAUCUCCAUCUAUAGGAUUCAUGAAUAAAAUUUUCCAUCCCAACAUUGAUGAAGCGUCAGGAACUGUGUGUCUAGAUGUAAUUAAUCAAACUUGGACAGCUCUUUAUGAUCUUACCAAUAUAUUUGAGUCCUUCCUGCCCCAGUUGUUGGCCUAUCCUAACCCCAUAGAUCCUCUCAAUGGUGAUGCUGCAGCCAUGUACCUCCACCGACCAGAAGAAUACAAGCAAAAAAUUAAAGAGUACAUCCAGAAAUACGCAACGGAGGAGGCCCUGAAGGAGCAGGAAGAGGGCACUGGCGACAGCUCGUCGGAGAGUUCUAUGUCUGACUUUUCGGAAGAUGAGGCCCAGGACAUGGAGUUGUAGUAGAAAAGCAUCUGCUUUUCAGAAAGACUUAUUUCCUAACCAUGAGAAGCAGACUAUAAUAUUCAUAUUUAAACAAAGCAAUUUUUUUUAUUACUAAACAAGGUUUUUAUGAAUAAUAGCAUUGAUAUAUAUAUAUUAUAUAUCACCCUUUAGAUCUUGAUUUCUUGGUCAUUUCUCAACCUGAGGUGCAUAGCAUAUCCCCACAUUCCAUUUCGGUAGCAAUAUGCAGUCCGAAUGCAUGCAUUCAUAAGUCCAUUUGGCCAGGCCAGCCUGCGUGCUGCUCAACUGUCAAGAAUUGCCGCUCCGAUAGGUAAACGUGAGGAAAACUAACAGGAAAAGUCGCUUCUUUUUAUGGAUGGUUCCAAAGAAUAAAACCAGAUGUACCAGUUGUUGGAUGAAGACAGAACAGUGCUUUUCCAGGUGGAAGGGAAAGGCUGAGGAAGAGGCGAGCUCCGGAGCUUGUGAAGCUGGCCUCACACAGCCAGCUGCUCCCGAGAGAGACCGCAGUGGGCAACGGCAGGGUUGGAUGAGAAGUGAGACUUAGAGCUUUUUUUUUUUUUUUUUUUUUUUUUUGGACUCAAAUUUAGGUGCAUUUUUCUAGGUAGAUUCCUGGCCCUCUGUGCAACCAGACCUGUAGCCACAUUGGUUUUGCUUUGAAGACCCUUUGGGAAUGUUUUCUGAACCCAAAUCUUUUUCUUGGUACAGCUUGUCAUCCAGAACUUUUUUUUUUUUUUUUGAGAGAGAGAACAGGACUGGAGGAGAAAAGUGAUGGCUGGUCCCAUUGGAGACCACUGCCCUGGACUGAACUGCAAAAACUGGAAGCAGUUUUUGUUUGGUGUUUUUCUUUUUUUUGUUCCUUUAUAUUUUUCUAUUUGUGUGAAUUGAACUUAGGCAGGUUACAGAUUUAAUUUUACCUACCAAGAGACAGUCUCCUCCCUGGACAAGGCACUCAGUGGACCUUCAGGUGGAGGGAGACUGGCCUGGAGGCUCGAGGCCUGCGCCGUCCUGUGAUCUCGAUUCUCUCUCUGGCAGCUGCUCCUAGCAACAGCCCAGGUGCCCACCACUUAUGGCAGAGGGAAGUGUGGGUAUGUAAGACCUAAAACAUCCUAAUUUUUUUAAAGACAUCCUAAAUUUACAAUGAGUAAGAAUUGAACGCUGUUGUACCCACAGUGGCUUGAGGUGGGAGAACCACUUUCUUCUGUGACUGACUAGGGAGGUGUGAGCCAUGACAGGUUAUAGGCAGGUUGCAAGGGAGGGAGGUCAUCAGCUACCUGCCACGCAGAGUGACCAGCAGUUCCCAUCGGACUCUGGAAGGGAUUUGGAGAAAGUUUAGACGCCGACUCUGUAUUCUUUUUGCCGAAACCGGAACAGUAGAAGUAGCCAAUCCUAAGAGCGUCUGAAGGCAGUGCGUGUCCGGUGGACUGCCUUCUCUUUCUAUGUGUUUAGUGUAGGAGUGCUGUAUUCCACAAGGUCAAGUCGGUGAGCUUGGGAGACACCUCUCUCUCCUUUUUAAUUCAAAAAGCACAAUCAGUCUUUCCUUUGAAAAUCUAUAUGAAGUCCAACUUUUAGCAUGAUUAUUUUCCUAAAUAAAAAGACAAAUAAUCUACUUAUUCUAAGUUAAUUACGGGCAUGAAGCAAAAGGUUUUCUUUGGGGAAAAUGGAGUUCUGUGGGGCUGUGGUCAGUUCACUGUACUGUUCUGUUGGGCACCCUGCCUGUUGGAAGGCGGCUUUAACUGUGUAACGCUGUGCUUACCUGGCGUGCUGUCUUCUGUUUGGGGGAAGGAGGGCCUCUGCAGGCGUGUCCAGCUCGUUUCCCUGGAAGAGGGGCAGUUUGCUCAUGCCAUAACCUUACUGUAGGUGCUACUUAGGGUAGGCUUGAAAUGCUGGGUGGUGACUUUUGAGUUCAAACAAUAAAAAAUUGUAUUUUUUUCAAUACUGUAUAAAAUAGUACUCUAAUUACCUUUCCAAAAAAAGGGGGGGGUCCUGAUGAUUGCUUUUGAUCUUGUUGAAAAAAAAUAGAAAACAAAAAAUCCAACAAAGCCUGACAGAGUCAAUUUUAGGGAAUGGACGUGAGCAGCUACUGCUCUGACUCUCACAAGAUUCCACUCCUCCCCUGCAGACAGAGAGCACACAGCUGACUGGUGCAGAACGGCCAUGCAGAGCCCCAGGGCUCGAGGCCAGGACAGAGGGUUCCCAUCCAGGCAUUCAUGACUGCCCCCAAUCACUACCCUCAACUUCCUGGCACCAGUCCUGGUUCCAUGCUUGUUGCCGCUCUCUGGGCCUUGACUCUGUUGGGAAGUCGGCUUUGCAAGCUUUCUGACCCUUCCUUGCUUCUUGGUGAGGUAGGACUAGAUGACCAUACCAUAGCCGUGGGUGCAAGGGAUCAGAAAUGAAAGUCUGGCUGGGACUCUGAGGACUCCAGGUCCCCAUAGUAAAUGGAUGCGCUCUGGAGUUUGCCUCCUUGGUUACCAAAACCCUCUAGUUGCCUGUGGAUGUACCUCCUAAUACCCAAGGGGGCAUCGACCCCUUUGGAGGCUGAGCACUCCUUCCUUUGAGGGUUAGCAGUAAGUCGGGGCUGUUGCUGACAUUUGCCCGCCCUUUGUACCUACCGUUUUUGAAGUCCUACCUUAUGGUUUACCAGUGGAAGCCAUUCUUUGCCCCCAUUCAGACGACUGGAGCUCUUGCCAAACGCUGACAAGCAAAGUGGCUGCUGCCUGGCAGCCCAAACCUGCCACGUUCCUGUGCCCCCUGGAAGCCCAGGGCUGGGGCCAGUGGGCCGUGUUCUGUGGUUGCCAACGUAGACCCUGGCAGUUGACAUUUUUGUCAGUCUCCACCCUCCUCGAGACUGUGCAGCUUCAACCAGCAUCUCCUGUUGAUGAGAGUUCUCAGAAGUUGCCACAUCUCUCCAGCUCUCAUGCUUUCGUCCACUUCAAGUGCUGUUCUGUUGCCAACCGGCUGAUCUGGGCCCCCGAGGGGUGUAUCUUCUCGGAGGAACUGUGCCCUGGAAGUUGGCCUUGACCUGAUACUUGCAUUUUCUAAGCCACCUUUUGGGGUGGCUAAGAAUCAUGACAGAUCCCCUGCCAGUCUAGUCUCUGGUUCAGUUUUCCGAGAACUGGCAUGUGGCCUCUGUUUUAGUGACUCAGAAAAGUGAAGCCAUUUACAAAAGUUAGCGGAGAGUUUUGCUUUGUUUUGCCUACUUCUAAUUGGGUCAGAGCCUUGCUGAGUGAAAACCAACUCGUUUCUGAUUGGGCACAAAGAACUGCUUUUCUUUUGGACUUCUGAAUCCAUGUUCACCUUCCUUUGGCCACUGAACACGUUGGCCAGCUCUUAGGGAUUGGAUGGAGUAAAGGCCUCCAGGGUCACGGGAGUGCAGCUUCCCACUUGCCUGAGGAAUGGCCCUGGCUCUUGGUUCGGCAGUUACUUGGCUGUGGGCGUGGGAAGAAAUGGCCUUCAAUUACUGAUUGUAUUUGGUACACUUUGUGUGAUACUUGAAGAGAUAAAAGGGACUUACCAGCCCUUAAUUGAAAUCUAAGCUUUUUACCGCUUUCCUCUCCUUGUCCUGUCUCCUCCCUCCCACCUUCCUUGCAUUGUGAUGAUCUAGUGGGCAUGUCUGUCACCUGGACAAAUGCCUCCUCUGACUAUAACCUCUUAAUAGUUGUGUAUAAUGAAAACUGUAAACUUUUUUAAAUAAAAUGUGUAUAUACCUU